CUGGCGGUCUGACAGAUGAGGAUACGACCCGACCCGACCCAUCGUCAUGUAACUAUCUCAAAUUCCACGUGCAGAUCAUGCACCUUGCGCAAGUACAAAUUCCCCAUCGCUUCCGCAGGUGAAACAUUCGCAUCCAAACAGAGCUCAGGUAUGGCGGUUUCGGCUCUCGUCUUUGCUGGUUUGGUGGCUUCGAUUGUUGCGGAACUUCCCACCGGGUACAUCUUAACAGUGCAACCCAACUGUGGUAGUGACAGUAGCAGCGAAGCCUCCAUCGCCAUUCUCGCCGACUUUGACAUCGCUGCUAAGGCAGUGUGUCACAACGGAGGGUUCAGCUUCGAACGUAGAGACCCAGUCCACUACAGCCUGAAUUUGGUCUACCCAGGAUCACCUAGCCAAGACAAGUGCAUAUUUAAAAAAAAGCCAGGCAGCGAAAAGUUCGAGGUGACUGUGUUCGUGUCCUUUGGGACGUCGAGUGAGACAAUCCACAGAAAGGGGGAGAAGUACACAGUGACCUGUCCUAACAGCAACGACAGUAACUCCAACCAGAUCUCCAACGAUGGGUUGACCGCACAAGAGGAAAUUCACCCCGUAAAAAGAAAUAAAUCAAAGAUUACCUUGCACAUGACUGACGUAACGGGAACUGACUUGAGUGGACAGAAUGUACACCUGAAGAGUAUGGUGCUGCUGACGGCAACAAGUAAUGGUGCUGAACACGAACUUGGCAUCAAACCGGUCUCCUGUGAUGCCGUCUCCCUCGCCACCAGUAAGAAAUACACCAUCCUGAGAGCUGGAUGCGGGGACGGACAGGUAUUGCCCAAGACCCGGGGAUUUGUGACAUCAGGCCUCGUCACCCGAAGCCCUUACUUUGAAGUUUUCAGUAUUGAUGGAGAGGAAGAAAUGAAAUUUGAAUGCAAUUUUACCAUCUGUGCUCGCAAUUGUGACGGGAGUUCGUGUACAACCAGUAGGAAGAGAAGAGGGACUUUCUUUGGUGAGUAUUUAGCAGAUUACCAGAGCGACGUUGUGGCAUCCUCUGCUAUCGUUUCACGCAUCCCGAUAUUCGCGGUCAGUCGUCCAGAGCAAGCCCUGGGUCGGGUGGUCAUGGAGCGAUUUGUUGACCAUGGUCGGGGCAAUUUGUUGGUUGCUUUCUCAAUUCUGGGGUCUCUGGCGUUGCUGUCGGUCAUCCUAACUAUCACCAUAUGUGUACUUACUCUAAACAAAACACCAUUAAGACAUAAAUCAGUACCACCUGUUGAAUAAAUGCGAUGUAAGUUGUC